UACAUGAUAGCUCAGGAGAUUUAACCCUACCGCACUACUGCCAGGGGGAAAUGCCUCUCAGUUCAGGCUAUAACUGCUUGCAUCAGACAAGGGGCCUGUCUCUUUUUGGGGAUUGAUCACAUUGGCACGAGCCUCUCAGUGCUCCUCCGAAUCUAGCAUACCGAUGGCGAAAAGGACAAGACGUUGGGAAAAUUUUUGCACGACGUCGUAUACAUAUAGAAUAUCCUGCGGGGUGCUGUCUUCUUCCAUGUACAGAGCCGUUUCUACCAUGGCGUGCAAAACCCCCCUGGCAUGCCACUAGCACAUCAACCCAUGGUUUCUUCCUGUGGUUCUAUAUAUCUCUGCAUCGAACAACAAAACCAGCGAGUAUUGAUCGCCAGCCCCUUACUCGACCCAAACCAACUCCGGUCUGUUCUAUAUAAAUGAUCUAGAGUUACCCUCGCAGGACGGGGCCCGGAGUCAUUCAUUCCUUUUUACGACGGUCACGACGACGACGGUAUAGCGAUAAUGGAUCUGAUCCCCUUACUCCCCAAGGAACAGCAAGAGGCGCUGCUGAACGGGCCGGCCCUCGCGCCUCCCGACGGCGUCACCCCCCAGUUUGAUAAUCCCCCGAACAACAACGGGCUAGGUUACGCCGUUCUCACCUUGUGCACGGCUAUCGCCACGAUAUGUCUUCUCAUUCGCGGCUAUGCCAAGAUAGUUCUCUAUGGCAAGGUGAACAUUGAAGAUUGCAUGAUUUUCGUCACAUAUGGAAUCUUCCUGGGAUGGAUCACAUUUACGUACCUGUUCGCCGCGAACAUCGGGUAUUUUGUUCAUCAAUGGGAUCUCCGGCUGAGGGACAUGAUUACGCUUGCGUUUUAUGCCCAUUAUGCCGGCGUCCUCUAUUCGAUUGGCCUGCCACUUAUCAAGAUGGCCAUCUUGAAGGAGUGGGUCCGGCUGCUGGUCCCUCGCGGCACGAGGAACGCCUUCAUGUGGUGCUGCUAUGCCCUGAUGGCCAUGCAGUCUAUGGUCCUUAUCGCAUUUCCGUUCGCCCUAUGCUUCGUCUGCAUCCCGUACGAGAAGAUCUGGGAUUUCACGCUGCCGGGGAAAUGCAUUGUGAAGGGUGAUGUCGAGGUUGCCGCGGCUGCGGUUCAUCUUACCUCGGAUGUCCUAAUGUUGAUCCUCCCUCAGAAGGUCAUCUGGAGCUUGCAGAUGUCGCUGAGGAACAGAUUCGGUGUUUCCGUCUUCUUCUCUCUGGGUCUGCUGGCUUGCAUCUCGGCGGCUUUCCGACUAUCCGUUACGUUGUCUUACACCAGUGUCGUGGACGUGUCAUAUGUCGGAGGAUCCGUGCUCUUCUGGGCCACAGCAGAAUUGACUUGCGGCUUUAUCGUUGCGUGUCUGCCCUCGAUGCCGAAGAUUCUUAAGGAGACGGGAGCUCUCGCCGCGAUGAAGAAGGGACUGAAGUCAGUGGUGGGAUUGAAAAACACGACACUGAAGAGCAACACCAAGGGUACCACGGCAUCCUCCAACCCGACCAGCACUUACCGGAAGAUUGACGAGUUCGGGGUUCCGAUGAAGGAUCUCCAGGCGUCGGAGUCGACCGAACAGCUUCGAGACGACGAUAAGCACGAGGCCGGGAUCGUCCGCACUACCCGCGUUACCGUCGAGCAGGAAUAUGCCAGCGAUGCCCAGGGCAAGGUGCUGGGUCACAAUGACUACUGGCGGGAUCAGAAUCGGGUGUAAUUCGUCCGAACGCGACGCGAGAUGUAACGGAUUUGUCUCGCCUACGUAUAGCUCAGGAAUCCUUUUUAACUAUUUAUUUGGUCCGGUAUACCCGCGUUCGGCCGCGCGAUGUCUUC